UCCCUCCCUUCCUCCCUCCCUCUCUUCCUCUCUCCUCCUCCUCUCCCCCUCCCUCCCUUUUGCUCUCUUGGUGGAAGCGGGAAGAGAGAGCAAGCACAGGACAGAAGAGAGAAAACAGACAUAACGGCAUCACUUUGACGGACUCUAUCUUCUAUCUGCAGAUAACCACACCCGAGUUGUACUUUUAGUUCCGUUUCUGGACACCUCUUUUCCAUUCAGCCAGCUGGGAGAGACAAAGCCCCGUGCCCUGAGCGGCAGAGCUCUGGUCGGGGGCUGGCUGGCUGGCUGGCUGUAAAUUGACGUGGCAUGGAAAUUCUCAGCUAAGUUGCAGCAGUUUGAGAGCUCCUCGAAGACCGAGCCCAGCGUCCCGGAGCUGGAGCUAACCCAUGGGCUGAGUGACCUUACAGAAGAAUGGAUAAAGUCCCCGGCUCCUCGCCUGGGACCCGCCGUUUUCUUUCUGGCUGUCUAUCAUUUCGCUGAAAAUCAAACCAAAGCAGUUAAGUGUGUAACUUCGCUUCGCAGCUUGAACAAGAGAACUGGCUGCUCGCGGUCCUCUAGCUCUUUUCCGCAGUCUAACUCCUUGCAGACUUUGCCAUGGGGUGCGGACUUAGGAAGCUGGAAGACUCUGAUGACAGCAGCCCUGGAAAAAUAUUUUCUACCCUGAAGAGACCGCAAGUGGAAACAAAGACAGAGUUUGCUUAUGAAUAUGCCCUGCUGGAUUUUACUUUACAAGCUUCAACAAACCCAGAAGUCAUCAAGAUAAAUUCAGUUCUGGAUAUAGUUGCCAAAGUGGAAGAGUAUUAUCUCAAGGGCUAUGUUGUUGGGGCCAUUCACCCAGUUAUACAACCUGUGCGACAUCGAAAACACCUCCCAGCAAGUCACCUAUAUAGAGUGGUGCUGUCUCGGUUAAAAGUAAGCCCCAAGCAUUCAGCAGUACCAGUUGGACAAAGGCAUGCAAGACUUGUGAUGGAGGAGUGUCCUCUAACUUACGAGACACAAACAAACGACGCAGCAAAAGAACUCAUAGAAAAGAUUAAUGCUGCUGCUAAAAGAGGGAUGAAAUUUGUUGGAUUUGUAUCACAAUAUUACUUGCCAUCCAAACACUGUAAUGGAACCAGCCAUGAUGGAGACGCAGAACUGGGACUACACAGGAGACACGGUUCCCAUGACAACUGCAAAAGUGGGAAUGAAGGAGACAUCAGUGGACAGUUGUGUGAAAGUGGAAUGGAGGAGGAACCACAGCUCGAAAGUGGACAUCAGACAGAAGGAAACAGCAGCCCCAGCUACUCUAAACCAGAUCGGGGAGGAGAUCACAAGCUGUACAUGGUCUUCAAUGCUUUUGGUGAAGAUUCAGCCUGCUGGACCUAUCAGGAAGGUAUCCUGUCCAUGAAAGUGACAAGGAAAGGAGCUGUCAUCAACACACUUGACGCCAACUGGCUAGAAUUAACUACAUUUUAUUAUAAGCAAGGCUUGUCUUUAGUUGACUCUUUUGUAUGCUGGGAGACACCUAAAGCAGGAGACCAUUUGCCUAAAUCUCUGGAAGGAUUUUUUAUUUAUGAAGAAGAAGGAUCUGGAGUUCCAGGUUCUAGCAGGAAAGGUAAUGACGCCAUUGUGGUGGAGCAGUGGACUGUCAUUGAGGGCUGUGAAAUCAAAACAGACUACGGCCCUCUGCUGCACACUCUGGCUGAAUUUGGAUGGCUUCUCACAAGCGUGCUGCCCACACCCAUUUUGAGACACGACAGUGAAGGCAAUUUGGCUACAAAGCAGGUCGUAUUUCUCCAAAGGCCAAUUGUGUGGAGUUCAGCUGCCCAGACGCCAGAAAGGAAAACCAGCCGGCUGCUGAAGGGUGAGGACAGAAACAAGGUCGGCAGCAGGAGCAUCGGCCUGGACACCAGCGCAUCCCAACCUGCACAAGGCCGAGGGCCUCUUGAGGAGGGCCCCCUCUGUCCCUCCAGAGAAUGUUGGACCAAGGAGGAGCGGCCAGCACAGAGUGACAGCUUCUUGGGGUUCAGCAGCAGCCACAGUGCCCUCCGGGAACUGGAUGACGGACAGUUUGACCAGGAAGAGGGUGUGACACAGGUCACUUGCAUGUGAGCUGCCAAGUGAAACUAUCGAAGUCCUUGUAAAUAGUUAUUAAAACGACUGCCCACUGACUUUCUUUCACCGCUGCUCUGCAUUUAUGGGAUGCUUUUAACUUCCAGGCUCAGCCUUCCCCUAAUCUGUGUAAACUUUGUCUCAGUCUCUCAGACAAGGAAGAAUAUCCUACUUAUAUCUCUCUCGACUAAAAUAUCUGUGUAAACAGAUGUCCCAACUGGUCAUUAAGCAGCAGCCUUAUUCACUUCCUCAUAAAUGGACAAAUCAGUAUUUCUCAUCAUGCCUGUUAAAAAAAUACUGACUACCCAAAUUACUAUUUCAGCCAAUUAGAACCUUCUCAGGAAGCUACAGCCUCACUUAAACUCAAAAAUAUUCUCUCGCAUCUCUGUCCCUCUCUCACAUACACAGACUAUCUAUUCCCUGCCUGUAACAGUCUAAUUUUUGCCUCUGACUGUGGUGUGUACCUACAAACCAAGCCCCUAUUUGUCAAAAUAGUCUUCAAAAAAACCAUUUUCUAUGGUUUUUGUUUGUUUGUUGUAUUUUUGAGACAGGGUCUUUCUAUGUAGCUCUGGCUAUCCUAGGAUUCACUUAGUAGACCAGGCUGGCCUUAAACCCAGAGAGAUCCACCUGCCUCUGCCUCCUCAGGUGUUGGGAUCAGAGGCAUGUGCCACCACAGCCAGGCUUGUCUUUUCUUUCAAAGGGCCAGUCCUGUGAUGAAUCAUUAGCUUUAACAUUGUUGAUCCCAAUUGUCUACCAGUGACACUAAAGUCAGUUGAAGGCUGGCAAGAUAGCUCAUUCAGAAAAGGCGCUUGCCACGCACACCUCGUAACCUGAGUUCAAUCUCUGGAACCUAUGUAAGGGCAGAAAGAGAGACCAGCUUUACAAAGUUGUCCUUAAACCUCCACAAGCAUGCCAUAAUACUAGGGCCUGCAUGUCCAUGUGUGCACAUGCAUGCAAACACAAAUAAUAAAACUAAGAUUUUAAAAAGUCAGAAAGAGAGCCCACAAUGUGUAAAAGCCAUAGUAGAUGAAAACAUUUCAUUUGUGUUGAGCAUGUUAGCAUACCACCUUUAGUCCCAGCACUUGGUACACAGUGAGACCCUGCCUCAAAAAACAAGAUUUGCCUUUCUUUAAAUUUGCAAAUACCAUUGAAGAGGACAAACACCGACUUCAAAUGGAAGUGUGCCUUCUACAACUGCUGGGUUCAAAUUGUGUCUUUGUCUUGACACGUUAAACCUGGAAAAUGUUGCAACCCAGAAUGCUCAAUUCUGCAGCAUCGGAGAGGAGCCCACAGUCCACGAGAUGUGUGUAGGGCUGACUACUCCAUGCCCACCACCAGGGAGGUCUUUAUCAUGCCCAGUCGUUACCCAAUAGAGAUUAAUCUAGAAAACCGGGGGCUUUCAUUUACAUAUGAAAGGCUGACCUCCAAAAGAAUUACAGUCGACUAUGUCAUUAAGUAACUCACAUAUUAUAUAUUUUUAUUGGCUUGAUGUGGACAUUGUGAGUCAUUUGAAUAAUAAACUAUUUGUUAUUAA